UUCAAAGUUGGGGGUCUUGGUCCCCGGUGGGUAGGAGGGACUCUCCCUUGGAAACGGCGCGGAGCGGGUGGGAUUUCCGGAGCCCGUAGCGGAAGGAGGGAAUUCCUGGCGGAAGGGCGAGAGGAGGCGGGCCUUCCGGUAGCGGCCGGGGCAUCCCACCUCUGGCCUGUUCACCUGUGUCCCCCUGGAUGACCAGGCGCCCAGGAUGACCGAGGCGCAGGCCCAAGGCCGCCUUUGGCUGGAGAGCACCGAGGGAGGGGCGGCUCCCAUCUUCCUACCGUCGGAUGGGCAACCCCUAAUUCUGGGCCGGGGGCCUCUGACCCAGGUCACCGACCGGAAGUGCUCCAGAAACCAAGUUGAGCUGGUCGCAGACCUUGAGACUCGGACCGUGAAGGUGAAACAGCUGGGUGUUAACCCUUCAACUGCUGGGACGCAGGAACUGAACCCCGAGUUGGAAGGCUCUCUGGGGGUGGGAGACACGCUGUAUUUGGUCAACGGGCUCUACCCCCUGACUUUGCGCUGGAAAGAGUUGCACACCCCAGCAUCCCAGCCAGACACUCCACCAGGCACCCCUCCCCUGGCCCCAGACGAGGAGAAUGUUGAGCCCCAGAAGAAGCGCAUGCGGAAGUGCUCCCCUGGCUGGGAGAGUCUGGAGAAGCUGCUGGUGUUCACAGCGCCUGGUGUGAAACCCCAGGGCAAGGUGGCCGGCUUUGAUCUGGAUGGGACCCUCAUCACCACGCGCAGCGGGAAGGUCUUCCCCACCGGCCCCAGUGACUGGAGGAUCCUGUACCAGGAGAUCCCGCGGAAGCUCCGGGAGCUGCAUGCCCAGGGCUACAAGCUGGUGAUCUUCACCAACCAGAUGGGCAUCGGGCGUGGGAAGCUGGCCGCAGGGGAGUUCAAGGCCAAGGUGGAGGCUGUGGUGGAGAAGCUAGGGGUUCCCUUUCAGGUGCUGGUGGCCACGCACGCGGGCCUCUACCGGAAGCCGGUGAUCGGCAUGUGGGACCACCUGCGGGAACAGGCCAACGAGGGCGUGCCCAUCUCCAUCGGGGACAGCAUCUUUGUGGGAGAUGCAGCUGGACGCCCGGCCAACUGGGCCCCUGGGCGCAAGAAGAAGGACUUCUCUUGGGGCUGCGUCACGGAGACGGACAAGGACGCUGAAGGGAAAGGACGCAAGGGAGCGUGGGGCCCAGGCCUGCUGCCUCGGGGCGGCCGACGAAGCUAG